AUGCCCGGACACGGAUCGAGCCCCUCGGCACAAUACUCCAUCACCCGCGGGCUCUGGCGCCACGACUACAAAGUCACCACCGGCGGGAAACACAUCUAUCACGUGGACAACUCACACCUGACCCCAGGCAAGCCCGACCUAACCUUCCACGCCGGCGCCGACAACAACGCGCCCGUCGCAGGCGUCUGUAAAUACCGACACUUCUCAUCCGACACAGAGGUCGGGCUGGGCAACCCUAACUCCCCCCAGACGAUGGCAUGGGUACGUCUCAACCGUGAAGGAAUGAUGUCGGUGCGCUAUUCCUUCCGGAUGAGCGUGGGCGACCGGCAGCCUCGCACGUUUACCUGGAAACGGACGCAUGCGAUGGGGUCAGGCGCCGGGGCCCUGAAGCUAGUGGACGAUUCAGAGCGGGUAGUGGCGGUCUUCUCGUCGGGCACUGCUUUCUCCAAGAGGGCUGGGCAAUUGGACCUCUAUGCCCAGUAUGGCGAACAAUUCCAGCUCAUGGUGCUGCUGAGCGGGCUAGCCUUGCGCGAAAAAGCCACACGAUCCAGAGCUGCUGCCGGUGGGGGCGGCGGUGGUGGUGGAGGAGGAGGAGGAGGGGGCGCUUGA